UCAGAUCACGACUUUUGAUGGCUCUUGUUGAUAAAUGUUCGUCCCCAUUCCCAUCUUCUUUUAAUCCAAAACAUCUCUUCUCCAUCCACGCAAAACUUUCGAAAAAACACUUUCUAGAAUUCUUCGUUGAAUCAAUUUCAUCCAUCAACUUAACCACUUCCCAAAUCAAUUUUACUUUCUAAACACUUUCAAGAUGACUGGAGGAAAAUCUGCUGGAGGAAAGGCGGGAACUACCAAGAACGCUCAAUCCCGUUCAUCCAAGGCUGGUCUUGCAUUCCCAGUUGGUCGUGUUCACCGUCUUCUCAGAAAGGGUAACUACGCUCAACGUGUUGGUGCUGGUGCCCCUGUCUACCUCGCUGCAGUUCUUGAGUACCUCGCGGCUGAAAUCCUUGAGUUGGCCGGUAACGCUGCCCGCGACAACAAGAAGACCCGUAUUAUCCCACGUCAUCUCCAACUCGCCAUCAGAAACGAUGAGGAAUUGAACAAGCUUUUGGGACAUGUUACAAUCGCACAAGGUGGUGUCUUGCCAAACAUUCAUCAAAACCUUCUUCCAAAGAAGACCGCCAAGACUGCCAGUGGAAAGCCUGCCAGUCAAGAGCUAUAGAUUUUCGUUUCUGGGUUGUUGGCUUGAGAUGGUCUGCUUUUAUGAUAAUGGGGUGUCGUAUGGGUAUGGGUUUAUGGUUAUUUUUUCGCGUUCCGGUUGUACAUUAAAAUCCAUGGCAAUGGAUUAGGAUUGCUUUCUGAAUCAAUCUUAUGAAUGAAAAAUCCGAAUGAUCAUUCUUCAUUAUUUUCCAGAAUACUCCACUUCCCUACUCGAUCAAUGCAAUGUAACAUGAGCAUUAGGCGUGGAGUUUGAUAUUUGACGCGAG